UUUGAUAAACUGCUAUCUAUUGGUCGAACGAAAAAGAGUUAGCCAAUAAACGUACGGGACACGUGCUGUCAGCCGGAAACAGUAGAAAGCCAUCAUGACGGAGCGGUACAGCUUUUCGCUGACAACAUUUAGCCCAUCUGGCAAGUUGGUGCAGAUUGAGUAUGCUUUAGCAGCUGUUGGUGCUGGGGCACCCUCUGUUGGAAUAAAAGCCACCAAUGGAGUUGUCCUGGCAACAGAAAAGAAACAAAAGUCAAUCUUGUAUGAUGAGCACAGCAUUCACAAAGUUGAGACGAUCACCAAAAAUAUUGGCAUCGUCUACAGUGGAAUGGGUCCAGACUAUAGAGUACUUUGCAGACAAGCAAGGAAACUAGCCCAACAGUAUUACAUGAUUUACCGUGAGCACAUCCCCACAGCUCAACUUGUACAGCGUGUUGCAGCAGUCAUGCAGGAGUACACCCAGUCAGGAGGUGUGAGGCCAUUUGGUGUAUCUUUACUGAUUGCUGGGUGGGAUGAAGAUGAGAAAAAACCUUACUUGUACCAGUGUGAUCCAUCUGGAGCCUAUUUUGCCUGGAAAGCAACAGCCAUGGGAAAAAACCAUGUUAAUGGGAAAACUUUCUUGGAAAAAAGAUACAGUGAAAACCUUGAGCUGGAGGAUGCAGUUCAUACGGCUAUUCUGGCCUUAAAAGAGAGCUUUGAGGGACAGAUGACAGAGGACAACAUUGAGAUUGGUAUCUGCAACAGCACUGGAUUCCGUCGUUUAGAACCAUCUGAAAUAAAAGAUUAUCUUGCAUCUGUUUCUUAGGAAGAACCCAUUAAAGCUCAUCUAGCAUAGGAAUCGAGCAAAUAGCUUGUCGGUAUUCAUGGGUUGCAUAAGUGAAGAUGGGGACAAAAGUUAGGAGCACAUUUUACCCCAGACUGGAUGCCACUGACAAAGUUUAUGACAGCAUUUUGUUUCAGCAGGUUAUAAGUGGUCAGUACCAAAUCAUGCCAUCCCUUUUUUUUUCAUAUAUAAUAUCAGAGCUGGUCUAAUUGACUGUUUAGAUUUGAAAAUCGGAGACUUUAGAUUGCUAUCAUAAGCAUUUGAUCAAACAACUGUAUCAACUAAACCCUGCUAAGUCUGUAAUUGGCUUAAGUUUCAUGGCACAUUUUGCUCUUAUUUUUAAGCUACUUGAGAUGUAAUUUCUUUUCAAUGGAGUGUGAAACAGUGGCUACGUCUUUUUGAAAUGCGUUUCAAAGAUUAUUAUAAUAGUCCAUAGUUUCAUUGCCAUUAAAUGUGUUUAUGCAUGCACAUUUAUUCUGUUUUGUAUUUAUCUAAGAUGCUUGCAUCAGAUAUUGACCAUCCUUAAGUUUAAUAUUGGAAAAGACAUUCACAUUAAAGAAAUUCAACCAUC